AUGAUACCCGCAGCUUUCACAACCGCAACCGCCGCGGCGGCCACCGCGCUCUCCCAAUCUACCGUCUCCCCCCCUCCCGCCGCAACCACCACCGGCUCUCCGACCUCCGGCCACCCAACACCCGGCGAGUGCAGUCUCCUGGGGCCCUUCGCGAUCAUCGUGCAGCUCGCCCUCGGCGCACUCGCGCUGCUUUCACUCGUAUACAAGCGCUGGCGCGAGCGCCCGCAACGGCCGGUGAAGAUUUGGUUCUUUGACGCCUCCAAGCAGGUCUUUGGUAGCGCGCUGGUGCACGGCGCGAAUGUGUUUAUGAGCAUGUUGACGAGUGGGAAGGUCAGCAUCGAGGUCGCCAAUGCCCAUGGCGCCGCGGCGGCUGUUGUGGAGGGGAUGAGUGGAAGCGGAGCAGGAGAGAGCGCGCAAGGGGAUGGGACGUAUGUGCCGAACCCAUGUUCGUUUUAUUUGUUGAAUUUGGCGAUCGAUACCACCAUUGGUAUCCCGAUUCUCAUCGUCAUUGUGCGUCUCCUUACCCGCCUCGUGGCCAUCACACCGUUUGGCAGCCCGCCAGAGUCAAUACAAAGCGGAAACUACGGCACCCCGCCCAACGCUUGGUGGUGGCUCAAACAGAGCUUCAUCUACUUUGGUGGGCUGAUGGGCAUGAAAGUUGUCGUGCUCAUCAUGUUCAUGAUGCUGCCGUGGCUACCACGAGUCGGCGACUGGGCCCUGGGUUGGACCGAGGGCAACGAGAAGCUACAGAUCAUCUUUGUCAUGCUCCUGUUCCCGCUCAUCAUGAACGCCCUGCAGUACUACAUCAUUGAUUCCUACAUCAAGAAGAAGGACGAGGAAGGCGAUGCCGGUCUAGGCGGAAGCGGUGGUGCUCUGGGGCCUGCGGGGCCGGGCCGCCCGGUUGCGUACGAGGAGCUGCCUGUGUCGGGGAGCGAUGAGAGCGAUGAAAGCGAGGUGGAGAGCGACGAAGGCGAAGACGACCGUGAGCGGAAGCGUGCCGGUUCGCGCCCCAGCCGGGAUCCGCGUGUGCGAUUAGAAACUCGGAACCCAAAACCCGCGAUGGCCGCCGCGGGGCGAUCCAGCCGAGACCUCGAGUAUGACCCGACGACCGAUGGUGAUAGCCAGACGGUGAUUGGCAGCAGUUCGAGCCAUAUCUCGAGCCAAGGAGUAUUACCAAAACAGUUGCUCCCAACCGAGUAA